CAGAGUUUAUGGAGUUAAGUGUUUCAAAGUUUAAUGUUUCUUGUGCUGGGGGAGUCAAAGGGGAUAAAUUCUUUUCCAGCAUAGUUGGUCCUAAUGAUAGAGAAGAGCAGUUCAUGUUUAAUGUGCUUUUAAGAGGAAGCUGUUCCAGGAAUGGAUCCAAGUUUCCAGAGUUUGAUAUAUUUUUGCUGCUGUUCGAGGAAAACUUCCUCCUCUCAUGUGAAGAGAUAAGGUUUGUUGUUGGAGUUCUCUUUGUGAACAAGGAAAUUGGACUGGCCAGGUUUGUGAAAUGUCUCUGAACGGAUAUUCCAUGGUAGCUGAGAAGGGAUUUAUUUGCAAUUAUCCGUGCUGUUGUCUCAGCCGAUUUAAAGAAUGGAAGAGAAUGCAAAGGAAAUCUUGAUAGUGCUGCAAAUCCUCAGGACAUUCUUGGAGAAUCUCUAGGCUCGUUUUGGGAAGAAAGGCAGGAUGAUGAUGAUGAUGAUGAUGAUGAUGAUCAACUUCAUGUUUAUUCUCCUGAAACCUCUUCAUCUGAUCAAAAUCUCUUUGGGACCAAAGAACUGCAUAUAUCUCCCUCCCACUCUGAGGCUCCCUCACUCUCCCUUUAACACUUAAUGGAAGAAAAUGCAAAGGAAAUCUUAGUGGUUCUGUAAAUGCUGAGGAGUUUUUUGGAUAAUCUUUAGAGCGUACUUUGCUUAAAUGGCAGAGGGAAACUUCACCAUAAUUACUGAGUUUGUUUUGGUGGGAUUCACAAACAACGAGAGUAUGGAGUUUGUUCUCUUCAUUGUGUUCUUACUGAUAUAUUUGCUGAUCCUGAUGGGGAACAUUGGCAUGGUAACAUUAAUCUGGAUUGACUCCCGGCUGCACACUCCCAUGUAUUUUUUCCUGAGCAACCUGUCAGUCUUAGAUAUUGGUUACUCCAGUGUCAUUGCUCCCAGGACACUGAUGACCUUUAUAACACAAAGCAAAACAAUCUCAUUCACUGGCUGUGCCCUGCAGUUUUUCUUUUUCUGCAUUGCCAUAUCCUGUGAAUGCUGCCUUCUGAGUGUGAUGGCGUACGACCGAUUUGUUGCUAUCUGCAACCCUCUGCUGUAUGCUACUAUCAUGUCAAAAAAGCUCUGUAAUCUACUGGUAGCUGGUUCAUAUCUAACAGGUUGUGUGAAUGCUGUGGUCCAGACUUCAUUUAUAUUUACUUUGUCCUUCUGUAGGUCCAACAUCAUCAACCAUUUUUUCUGUGAUGUGCCCCCUAUCCUAAAGCUCUCCUGCUCAGACACAGGAGUCACUGAUAUUAUUCAUUUCACUUGUGCCACAGCAGUUGUAUCAGUAACUAUCCUGGCCAUUCUGGUCUCUUACUCAUACAUCCUUGUGGCCAUCCUUCGGAUCAACUCAGCCAAGGGCAGACGUAAAGCCUUCUCUACCUGUGCCUCCCACCUUACAGCUGUCACCAUAUUUUAUGGGACAGUCGCUUUCAUGUACCUGCGGCCCAGUUCCAAAUAUUCCAUGGAACAGGACAAAGUCAUCUCUGUGUUUUACACCCUUGCAAUACCUUUGCUGAAUCCACUCAUCUACAGUCUGAGAAACAAGGAGGUAAAAGAGGCUUUCAAAAGGCUGGAGAGAAAGAUAAUCUCUCGGAGACUGUAAUCAUCCUGCUUUAGAAUAAUAGGUCUGGUCCCAUAUCUUACUGCAUCCAUUACUGCAGUGUUCAAUUUAUUAAUGUUCAUCUUCCUAAUGCGUUAGAUCCAGUCUUCAAUCUUAUACUCACUUGACAUUGUUGACAGUAAGUCAUACUGAAUCAUUUGGGGCUUAUUUCUGAGUAGCCAUGUUUAAGAUUGCUCUGCAUUCCCACGGAGAGAAUCCAUGUUCUGGUUAUAUCAUUAAUAAAAAUUAUUUUGGAUAUUACAAUAUUGACCGUAUUCAUAUUCAUUUUUCUAUGUUGUGCUUUCUAUAUGAUUCCUCCAUUCAGCUGGAAUGUCCAGUGUAUGCAUUCUAGAUCCCAGGGGAUCAGGUCCAUGGCAAACCACUACAUUAUACUGAAAAAUACUUAGUGUGUGUAUCUAAGCUCUCAUCUCCCCUAGGCUUAGAAAGGCAUUCACCUUGGCGAAGUUUAACGUACUUCCGUCAGCUCUCCUAGAUGGCAGAUACCACAAGACUCCCUUGGAUGAGUGCCUUUGCCCCUGUGGUGCGGGCAGAGUGGAAUCUGUUGCACACGUUCUUUUAGACUGCCCUUUUUACCAGGAUCUUCGUCUUUUAAUUAUAUCUCCAAUCAUCCAAAAAAAACCGGGCAGGGAUCCCACAUUUUAUGCUACCUAUCUUUUAUCUGACCAACACCCCCAAACCACAAACAGGGUUGUGAGAUUCUGCGCCACAGCAAUUGCCCACCAUAGAGCACUGCUAGCUCAAUUGCCUGCACAACCUUGAGCGCUGGUCUUUUAAUUUUCUUUGAUUUUACUCCUGCAAAUGAUGGUUGUUUUAAAUUGUUUAGUAUUAAUUGUGUAUUUUGUGGCUUUGUACUGGUCUCAGACCGUAAAUAAAUGAACUUGGAACUUUA